AUGGAGUUUUCCUCCUCACCGCCCGCCAGCCACCGGCGACUUCACAUCCCACUCGAAGACGAUGACGACGAACUAAGCGUAGUCGCGCAAUCGCCAUACUUUACGCAACCGACACAGGUCGUCGAGCGGCUAAAUCCACGAAAGCCACCCCCGGCUACGUCUUCGCCUAAAUCCAUCGUCGAGGUGCCUGCAUCCUCUCCGUUUCGACCGCAAGCUGCUCAACAACGCGGCGGUCGACUUGCCAGUUUGAUGGCGCCUGCCGGCACCACUUUCCGAGCUCCUGCUCGACAACCCUUCGCGAUUGCAAAGACGGCACCCAAGCGCGAGUUCAUCAUGAUUUCGGAUGACGAGCUAGAUGCGCCCAUCUAUGCCGGGGGCGAUUCCUCAGACGACGACGAACAGCCCUCCAGAGGGGAUAUCCGGCCUUCCUCGUUCCGGCCUAAGGAGCCAAAGACAACGUCGGGGCAACUGCGUUUCAAUAAAGCAGCUUCCCAAUCCGCCUCGGCCAGUUCUGUAACUACCCCGGAAAAGACUUAUGUUUUACAAAAGGACUGGGUGUCGCUUUCUCCUGCUUCGUCGGAAGGGAGUUUCGAAUCGUUGCGGCAGAUUUCACCGCCAAAACCAACUCGCCGACGACUUGUUCAAGGCCGCCGGCCCCGUGCAUCCAGCCCUUCGAGCCCAGUGCUGAAGCCCAGCCAAGAGCCAGCCCCUAAACGGCAACUGAUUGACCUCGUCAGCGACGACGACGCAGUCGAUGGUUACCGGCAGCCGAGAGUGUCAUCGCACAGAGCUUCCUCGCCAGCUGAUGAAGAGGAAGAAGAAGAAGACUCGUUCGAUGAACGGGUGCUGAACUAUCUGAACACUUGCGAUGUGAUACAGCUUGUCGCGAUUGCAAAUGUCAAAGAGGAGAGUGCAAAGCUCAUGGUGUCGCGCCAGCCAUUCAGCGAUUUGGACGAGGCUCGGAAGGUAACGCUGUCUCAGAAAAAAAGGGGCAAGAAAUCGGCAAAGGUCUCCAUUGGGGACGAGAUUGUCUCGGCUGUCAUGACAUACGCCCGCGCUCUGGAUGACAUUGACCACGUCAUCGCAGUGUGCGAGUCUCAGGCGGAAUCGAUCAAGGGGACAACCUCGAAAUGGAAUAUCGACAUGACAGGCCAGCUUCGCAACGACUCAAAGUCGGAGGACGGGAAGCCGAUGACUCCCAUCAGCGUGGAGGACUCUGCAAAAUUCGUCGAGGCACCGCUCCGUCAACCGAAACUUAUGGAGGGCUGCGUGAUGAAGCCCUUCCAAAUCUACGGCCUCAAUUGGCUACACCUACUGUACAAGAACCAAUAUGGCGGCAUCUUAGCCGAUGACAUGGGCCUCGGAAAGACGUGUCAGGUUAUAUCGCUGAUUUGCGCGAUUGUUGGGGAGUGGGAGCAGACUGGCACAGGGGAGCGCCCCUGGCCCAACAUCAUCUUCGUCCCGCCAUCCACGUUGGCCAAUUGGGCUGCAGAAUUCGAGAGGUUUGCUCCAAAGCUUAAUGUCACGGUCUACCAGGGAAGCCAGUCGAUUCGAGACGAGAUUGCGCAGGAUAUCAUGGACGACCCGUCGAGCCACCAUGUGGUUUUGACAUCGUACUCGCAGCUUUCGCGAAACGAUGACAUAUCCAAUCUCCGCCACCUCCGGCCUAGGGUGGCCGUGUUUGACGAGGGUCACAAAAUGAAGAACCCGAAAACCAAACUGUACCGGGAUCUUCUUCGGAUUACGGCCACAUGGCGCCUGGUCUUGUCCGGAACACCUGUUCAAAACAAUCUCAUGGAGAUGAUUGCACUUCUCCAGUUUGUCGAGCCGCAUCUCUUCCAAGCCUAUUUCGACAACUUGGAAGCACUGUUCAACCAGAAGGUUUCCCUGACGGAGGUUUCCAAGGGAGCGCUGUUGCAUAGCGAGCGCGUUCCACGUGCUCGCACGAUCCUGGAGCCGUUCAUUCUCCAACGGAGGAAAGAGCAGGUGCUUCAGGAGUUGCCUCCGAAGACAACCAGAGUCGUGCGGUGCAAGAUGGAUCCGAUCCAGGCGGGUAUCUACAGGGACUAUCACAGGCGGUUCAGGAAGGACCCUCAGGAAGACAGCGCCACUGCUAAGGAGGGCCGAGACAACGAUACGAACAAUGUGUGGAUCCAGCUGCGGAAAGCGGCCAUUCACCCGCAGCUCUUCCGGCGGUUUUUCAAGGAUCGCGAUGUCGAGGAGAUGGCCAAGAUCCUGAUGAAAUAUGUCCCCCAGUCAGAGCUGAAGCAGCCGAGGCUGGACCACCUGACCAACGAGCUCAAGGCCUUGUCCGACUUUGAGCUGCACCUUUGGUGUCGAGACUACAAGUGCAUCAAGAAAUACGACCUCCCGCGGAACUCGUGGAUGGAAUGUGCCAAGGUCAAGGCGCUUCUCAAGCUGAUUCGGGAGUAUCAAGCCAACGGAGACCGCGCUCUUGUGUUCACCCGAUUCGCCAAGGUGAUCGAGAUCCUGGGCGAGUGCCUCGCUUCGGAUGGGAUUGAGUACCUGUCACUCCAGGGAAACACCGAUGUCAGCGCGCGGCAAGAGCUGAUCAACGAAUUCAACGCCGACGAGUCGAUUCCGGUAUUCCUCCUGACGACGGGAUCCGGCGGCACGGGGAUCAACCUGACGGCUGCCAACAAGGUCAUCAUCUUUGACCAAUCCGACAAUCCUCAGGACGACAUUCAGGCCGAGAACCGAGCGCAUCGGCUCGGGCAAACGAGGCCGGUGGAGAUCAUCCGGCUGAUUAGCAAAGACACGGUCGAGGAGCUCGUUUACCAGGCCUGUGAGAAGAAGUUGGAGCUCGCCAACAAGGUCACGGGCUGGAGCACGGUGGAGAUGACCUCGGGCGAGAUGGAAUCGACGGUCAAGAGCGAGCUGCUGCGGAAGGCUGUUGCGACGCCUCCGAAGGGGGAUUGA